AUGGGAGGAAACCAGACACAGAGUCAGUUUGUCCUCUUGGGCAUCACGGACAAUCCGUGCCUGCAGGUCCUGCUCUUUGAGUUGUUUCUACUGAUUUACAUUGUCUGUUUGGUGGGGAACGUUGGGCUGAUGGUCUUGGUUUGGACAGUUCCCAGUCUCCACACCCCCAUGUACUUCUUCCUCGCCCAUUUUUCCUUCAUGGACGCCUGCUACUCCACAGUCAUCUCCCCCAGGAUGCUGAUGGACCUGCUGAUGGAGGACAAAACGAUCUCCUUUGCUGGCUGUGUGGUUCAGUUCCAUGGCUUUGCCUUCUUUGUGACUUCCGAGUGUCACCUCCUGGCCGCCAUGGCCCACGACCACCACGUCGCCAUCUGCAAACCCCUCCUCUACGUGAGGAUCAUCUCCAGCCGUGUCUGCUGGCAGCUGGUGGCAUGGUCCUACUUCAUAGCCUUCCUCAGCGCCCUGGUCUUCACUGCCUGCACCUUUGGAGGUUCCUUCUGUGGACACAACCACAUCGACCACUUCUUCUGCGACGCCACCCCCGUGCUAAGGCUCGUAUGUUCCGACACCCGCCUCAGCCAGCUGGUCAUCUUCAUCUUCGUGGGCUUCAAUGGUCUGAGCACAGUUGGAAUCAUCUUGCUCUCCUACAUCCGCAUCCUCCACACGGUCCUGACCAUGAGUUCGGCACAGAGCAGGUCCAGAGCCUUCAACACCUGCACCUCCCACUUGACGGUCGUUUCGUUGUUCUACGGGACGUUGUUCUACAUGUACCUCCAACCUGCCUCCAGCCACGGCAGCCAGGACAAGGUGGCCUCCAUCCUCUACACCGUGGUCACCCCCAUGCUCAACCCCUUCAUCUACAGCCUGAGGAACAAAGAGGUGAAGAGGGCUCUGGUGAAGCUGAGGAGAAGGAUCUCAAACCGUGGCCAGAAUCAAAGAGCUGUAGCAGCUCAGGAGUGA